UAUCAGUUGUAGAAGGGCGCCAAUGGCGGCCGGGGACGGGCGGCGGCGCCCGCAGCUGCCGCCGCUCUCUCCGGGCAGCAUUACGGUCGCCCGCAUCGUGCCCUACAUCCGACCGACCCCGGCCUGCUGCGUCUAUACGAUGUCGGGUGGCUGGCACAAAAAUCGUCCCCCGUGCGCAGUAAACACCAAAACCUAGGAAAACUCGACGGAAAACGGCUGAGUGAAACAUUUUUGACGUGAUUCCGGAUCGAGGAGAGUUACGUAAGACUAGCCCGCGCACACGCCAAGCCCAAGGACGCGCGCGACGCUGAAAGAAAUUGCGCGGCGCGGACAGCGCGUCGGAUACGCCAAAAGUAGCGCCGCGAACGAGUAAAAAGGACGUCGGUCGCGUUCCCAGCGAGGAUGCCAGCAUUCGACCACUUUGAUGCGCUCAAAUCCAAAGCCGGGGGUGCUUUCAGCGGAUGGAAGAGCGGUGGAGAUGGAGGUGGAGGUGGAGGAUUGGGCGGCGGGCGGUACGAAGAGUUUGGAUUGUCGCAGGACGGCGGCGCCGCCGACGACGCCAGCACGCCGGGCAGCAACGAGGAGCCGGAGCGGCCGCCGUUGCGACACAUCGACAAGUACAUCCGGCCGGAGUUGCCAUGUCUAUCGAAACGCGUCACCGUCGCGCUUCUUUCGUGCCUGGGGUUCAUCGUUAUGUUUGGGAUGCGAUGCAAUAUGGGUAUGGCAAAACUACAACUCGAGAAAGAGCGAAACGAAUCGAUGGCAUCGGUCGACUCGUCAAUCUUCUGGGGCUACCUGAUCACACAGGUGCCGGGCGGCUUCCUAGCGACGAAAUACCCAGCAAAUCGGCUGUUUGGUGGCGCAAUCGGUACCUCGUCCUUCCUCAAUCUGCUCGUGCCGGGCGCCCUGAUGCUCGGACCAGGUGCUAUUAUUAUUGUCAGGGUGUUGCAAGGAUUGGUCGAAGGUGUGACAUAUCCAGCGUGUCACGGCAUUUGGAGGUAUUGGGCACCGCCGCUGGAACGUUCACGUUUGGCAACACUGGCGUUUUGCGGAUGCUAUGCAGGCGUAAUGUUUGCGAUGCCCUUGUGCGGAGAGCUGAUUAAACGCAUCGGGUGGCAAGCGCCAUUUUACUUCUACGGGUGUCUAGGAAUCACAUGGUUCCUGGCGUGGAUCUGGUUGGUUUUUGAGCGGCCCAGCAAGCAUCCGUCGAUAGAGGCGCGAGAGCUCAAGUACAUCGAGAGCUCGCUGGGUCAAGCGAAUUCUAAUCAGACGCUGCCGACGAUAGCCAAUACGCCAUGGCGCGCGUUCUUCACUUCACUUCCGGUGUGGGCCAUUUUCAUUGCCAACUUCUGCAGAUCAUGGAACUUUUAUCUGCUGGUGCUGUUUCAAGCUACGUAUAUCAAUGAUGUUUAUGGGAUUGAUAUUGAAGAGAAUGCUAUUUUGGGAGCGUUGCCACAUUUGCUCAUGACGAUAAUCGUGCCAUCUGGUGGAAUCCUGGCGGAUUAUCUUCGAAAACAAGAGAUUAUGACCACUACUCAAGUGAGAAAAGUUUUCAAUUGUGGUGGGUUCGGUAUGGAGGCGACUUUCUUCCUAGUGGUGGCGUUUUCCAAGUCUUACACUCAAGCCAUCACAGCCCUGACGUUUGGUGUGGCGUUCAGUGGAUUUGCAAUUUCGGGUUUCAACGUUAAUCACCUGGACAUUGCUCCCAAAUAUGCGAGUAUUCUCAUGGGUAUGUCCAAUGGUAUCGGGACGAUAGCAGGAUGUAUUUGUCCAGUGGCGGUGCAUCACCUAACAGAUGCAAAAAGGAAUGCCGAAACAUGGAAGGACGUUUUUAUUCUGGGCGCUUGCAUUCACUUUAUGGGUGUUGUGUUCUACGCGAUCUUCGCUUCCGGUGAGCUCCAAGAAUGGGCUGAACCCAAGACUGAUGAAGAGAAACAGUGGAACCCCAUGGACGAGAAUAUUCACAUCAAACAAUCUGCAUCGGUGCAAAGCAAUGGAUUAGUUCAAACGUCCUUCACAAACCCGCCAAAUUACGGCGCCGUGAACCAACCCCACGAAAAACCACCGCUGCCACCGCCUCCGCAGCAAAUGCAACAUCAACCACAACAACCGCCUCCGCAUGGCGGCGUAAAUCCAUUUAUGGCGGCGCCACCAACCGACGGUGUUUCCAACCCCUUCAAUAAUCCUUUCCGACAGGAACCGGUGCAGCCACCAGCUGAAGAUGCCUACCUACACGGCACAAUAAACGAUAGAAAUUAUUAAAAACAAUUUCAAUAAUAAAUUAAAGAAUAUAAUGGAAAAUAAAGCGGAAUACAACAAAGAAGAUUUAGAUAGUUACAAACAACCAAAACGACAAGGUAUUCACACAUCCACAUACACAAUGAUAAACUGUGUUCGCAUCAUCCUUCCAUCGUUUAGUUUGCAUCGUGAGGCAUCCAACAUCAACGUAUUAGCCAUAAAAAUGUUAACAAAUAAUUUGUAGGAAAUGUAGACAUAUGAUUUUAGUUUAUUGCCGAAUACAUAAAAAGACGUCAAUUUUUCGAUUUAUACCGCAAACAUAAACAAGGAGAAUUGAAAUAUGCGACAAAAAACAUAGAAAAAUUAGUGAAAAAUUUUAGGCCUUUAGGCAUAGGCAUAUAUAAUAUAACUUUAGUCACUACAUAAUUUUGUGAUACUUUUGAUUUCAUUUUAAAGUUUAUACUUGUUAAUGCGUUAUCUAAAUUCAUAAUUCAUUAAUUUUUAUCGUAUUAUCAUAUCAUAUCAUUUCGUUAUAAUGAUUUUUGCUGUUCGUGUAAUUUUUUCAAAGGUUUAUUUGAAGAUUUCUUAUUGUUUUCAACUUUGAGGACCGCGUCGAUAACCAACGCGUGCCCUCAAGCGGCUGUGCUGACAAUAAUAAGGCAUUUGCUUGAACACUUCGCGAAAAGUUGUUCAAUGCGCUUGCCAAAUAAAUUUAGAAUUAACUUUAAUUAUAGUCGAAUACUAUGAAUAUUAAAACAAAUAACAAAUACAUACGCGAGUGUUAAAUAAAACAAACUUUAAUUUACAUAAUAAUUAAUAAAAGACUUUAAAGUUUGUUUUUUAACACUCUAUAUAAAUAUCUAAAUAAAAAACUAAUUAUACCGUUAAUGCAUAUAAGAUAUUUAUAAAUAUAUCUAAAUUAUUGAAAAUAUUACGUAGUAAGAUCACAAAUUAAUUUAAAUUAAUUGUUAUCUCAUUUAUUUUUGAUUUUUGGAAUGGUUGAGUGUGAGAAGUGAAAAUAAAACAAAUAAAAUCAGUUAUAAAAAAUGGAGGCUCCAUUAGGGACACUGUACAUGAAUAUUGAGAACGUAUGAGUGUUAUUUUUAUAAAAAAAUCAAAAAAAUAAAAAUUAAUGAUUUAUUGUUAUUUCCAUUAUAAUUUUUGUAUAUUUUUGAAAGCACUUUAUGCACAAUUGCACUUUGGCACAUAAUUACGCACUCACUGCACUCGUUUAAAUAAUUUCACAAAAUGUUCACUUUCUGCACUGUUUACCACGUGACGUCAUUAAUUGUUAAGUUAUAAAAUGUAAUCUGACGUCACGUUAAUCUCUAUGUUAAAUUCUCACUGUUCACGUCACUCUUAUUGCACAGUUAUGCACAAAUGCACUAAAAUUACUUUCGCUAACCACGCAAUGAUUAAAAACAACAAAAGAAUGUUAAAUAUAGAAUUUUCUGAUCGGAUUGGCAUUAAUGUUGUGCAUGGAUCGUUAUCAAAACCAAGACAUGAAGCUGAUUGGAUGAUAAGAUGACGUUUUCGUUUUCGUUUCAGGUCAUUGCGUCGCGCUACGUCGCGAUACUACGUGACUUGAUUAACUCUAAGAUAAACAAAUUAUUAACUAAACAAAAAUGCGUAAAUUUGCAUUGAUUAUAUAUGUAAAUAAAGCAGGAAUGUGUAGAUGCGAUCACUAUCACGCAUCCAUCAUUCAUGUAUGAAGAUAUAAAGAAAUAUUAGCACACGAAACGAAUAUCAUGUACAUUUAAUUAGAUAACUAGCCAUUUUAUCAAUUAACUGAUGUAAUUACGGCUAAGCUACACGAUCAAAACAAGAACAAUAUUGUAAUUCAUUGAUUGAUGUAUAUGUACAUUGGAUAAGUUUAGUUAGGCGACAAAUUACCCAAGAAACAAUACAAGAUAAUAACAAAGCAAACAACAGCAGGAAGAAUAACAAACUAUAAAUAUUAUAAUUAUUAUAAUAUAAUGUUUAAUAAAAUAAUUAUGACUUUAACAUAUAAAAAGAUUGUAAGUGAUAAGGAGUAAGUGAAUAUGUAAAGAGUAGUCGAGAAAAACAUUGUAAAAUGAUAUAUCACCGAA